AUGAAAGAUAAGCUUGUAGCCAAAGAGUAUACAUGUCUACAUACUGUGUUAUAUUCUUUUGAGGUUGUAAUCAAAGAUUAUAUCUUUACUGUGCAAUUUGCCGAUAAAAGUUCAGUUGCUACGAAAGUUGAACUUGUAGCCAAAGAUUACAGUGCGACGGACACUGUAUAUACUGUGACUGCUAUUGACCCAACAAGCCCCAGUGAUCAGAUUACAUUUUCUAUGGUGUCUUGCGAACCAGCCGCGACGUGCAACUUUACAAUGACUCCAAAUGGAGACAUAGUGAGCAAUGUCGACCUACAUUCUCAUCCCGACGAUGUAUACAUAAUGUCGAUAAAGGUCGAGGAUGAAUAUAAUCAGAACACGUCGCCGGUAGAUUUGAUUCUUAAACUCAAUGAAAUAAACACAGUUCCUGUAUUUACCAACCUUCCGAAGAAGGACAAAGUCGGAAUCUUGGAAAACCAGUAUGCCGCCGGCGACACAGUGUUUCAGAUGUCCGUGUAUGAUCCCGACACUACAGAUACAUUGACGCAUUACUGUGUGUUCCCUGGUGACGGAGACCUGUAUUUUGAAUGUGACCAAGAAACUGGAGAGAUCAAGACCAAAGUUGACGUCGACUUUGAAGCCAUGAAUCCAUACGAGUUCUUUGUACAGGUACAUGUUAACGAUGGCUACGCUGACUCGGAGGUGCAGGAUAUUGUACUACGAGUAAACGAUGAAAAUGAACAACCAUCAUUUGACAGGCCUACCUGGACGAUCUCAAAUCCCGACGAGGGCGGUCAUGGAACAGUGAUAUCCUGUCCAGACUUUGCUAAUGAAAUUACUGACGAUGACAACUACGAAGAUUAUACAUAUACAAUGGACUGCCCAGGCGGUGGUGGAGUAUUUGUCAUGGACAAAAAAACUGCCUGUGUCACGAUGUUGAAGGAGUGGGAUCUGGAUGACGCGUCAAAGCGACUAGGUGUGGAAACAAUUUCGUGCACAGUGACAGCCACAGAUAAAGGAGGCCUUACGACAACAACUACGCUGAACAUAGAAAUCAAUGAAUCAAACGAUAAUAAGCCCUAUCUAGACCAGACGUCAUAUAUUUUCUGCGCAACCGUCGGAACUACAUCCGGCACUCUUGGGCAGGUUACUGUCGACGAUAACGACGUGCUACCUGAGCACAGAAUACAUGAUUAUGAACUUAUAGGAACUGGUCCUUUUGCUUACGAUGGAAAUGGUGGCUUUACAUACGGUGACGUCAGUAGUUACCCACUAGGCACAACCUUUUCGAGCACUCUUAGAGUGUAUGACCAAGAUAACCCAGAGAACUAUGACGAAUCUCAGGUAUGUGUGAUGGUAUGUGAACCACCAGCAGCCGCUGCAGCAGCUGCAGCAGCAGCAGCUAGUUCCAGCUCAUCCUCCUCUUCUACCUCAGAUCUUCUCAUGUGGCUCAUACCCGCCAUCCUCCUGGGCCUGCUUGCGCUGGGCCUAGCUGCAUUCUUAUUGAGAAGAUUCUGUUGUGCUGGGGGUGGAAGGUAA